AUGUAUAGUCUUGCCCCUCCAGAAGCUAAAAAGACUUUUACAUCGAAAACGGCCCUCGAAAAUGCUGUAUCUCACAUCAUUGCUGAUAUUUUUGCUAAGGAUUUGGAUAUAAUACGAAAGGCUGAGGAGUUAUGUUCAAAGUACAUUGCUACACUUGUCACAGCUAAGAAAUCAAAACGUGGUAAGAAAGUUGAACAAUCGUCAGGAGGUAAUCUUCCAAACUCUAUGUCCAUUGAUUUUGAUGAGAAUGAGAAUGCUGAUGAUGCCGAAUGUAUUCAGAAUUCGCAUUCUUCUAUGAAUAAUACUAAUAAUAAUUCUAAGAAGGAUGAUUUGGUUAUAUUUAAAAAUUAUUUAAAUUUUUCUCGUCCCGUCUCAUCAAUACUAGCACAUCAGGUGUUAGCUAUUAAUCGAGCUAACGAAAGAGGUGUAAUCACCGUAAAAAUCCACUUAUCACCACAAGUACAACAUAAUUGUGCAACAUUUGUAUCUCAAAAAUAUUUUCCUACCACUAACCGUAUUCAUUGGGAUUUUGUAAUGUCAGCUUUUAAUGAUGCAUGGAAACGUUUAAUUGAUCCACAUUUAGUGCGUAGUAUACGCACUAAAUUAACAACUUCAGCUCAAGAUGCAUCUCUUGAAGUAUUUUCAGAGAAUCUUCGACGCCUCCUAAUGACGGCUCCGUUACGUAUUCCAGUUUUAUCAAAUGAUUCCACAGUCAAAAAUGAAAAUGACAUUGGCAUGAUAUCUUCAGCGUCUGGUGCACCAGGUGAUCGUCUUCCUGUGAUUGGAUUAGAUCCAGGCUGGAGAAAUGGUUGUAAAUGGGCUGCAUGUGAUCCUCAUGGAAAUGUUUUAAGCACAGGUAUUUUAUGGCCACCGCAUACAUUGUCUGUUAUUCCACCGAAGAAAUUGAGCGUGCAAAAUGGACCAAUGAGUAAUAAUGGUUUGGGCGCAUUGACUGCAGUUAUGCAACGUCAUCAAAUCGAGACAAUAGCUCUUGGUAAUGGUCAAGGUAGUCGACAAACUGGUUCCUGGUUGGCAUAUUUAAUACAAAUUCAACAUUUCAAACCUUUAAAUGUUCGUUACGCUGUUGUGAGUGAGUGUGGUGCUUCAUAUUACAGUGCAUCAAAGGUAGCUUGUACAGAAUUACCAGAUUUAAAUGUUAGUUUCCGUGGUGCAGUGUCUAUAGCUAGACGUUUACAAGAUCCUUUAGCUGAAUUAGUCAAACUUGAACCAAAACAUUUAGGUGUUGGUAUGUAUCAGCACGAUAUACCAGUUAAUCAACUAACUUCCGCUGUUCAUAAUGUUAUGGAAGAAUGCAUAAGUUUUGUUGGUGUUGAUUUGAAUGCAGCCCCAUUGCAUAUUUUAUCACGUGUUGCUGGUUUAUCUGAGAUGAAAGCCAAAGCAAUUUUAACAUAUCGUUCACAAGUUGGUCCUUUCCGUUCAAGAGCUGAUCUUCUUAAGGUUAAAGGUAUUGGACAAGCUACAUUCGCUCAAUGUGCUGGAUUUGUACGUGUCAAACCCACCUAUUCUACAACUACUUUAGAUGGGACUAAGGAUGUUGAAAUGAUUUCUAUUUCGAGUGGUGAUGAUAAUGAUGGUGAUGAUUUAACUUGUGAUACUCAAAUAACCAAUAUUUUCACUGGUAGCACUAAACGUAAACAUAUAUCUAAUGAAUCAAACAAGAAAUGUAAAAAACGACGAAUUAUGGACGUAACAGUUACUGAUCAAUCCGAUGUGAAUUGUUUUAAUCCAUUAGACCAGACUGCUGUUCAUCCUGAUUCAUAUGAAGUUGCAGCAAAUAUUAUUUCAUUGCUCCAAUUAAAUCUGACAGAUGUAGGGUCGAUGAAAAUGAGAACAGCCGCAACACAGUUUAUGAUCAGUGAAGAUAGAGAUAAACGACUUGAACAGUUUUGUUCGAAAACUGUUGGACUUGAUACUUUACGUGAUAUUCUCGUAGCACUAACACGUCCUUUGGAUUUCGAUGAGCGUCAAGACUGUUUUACUCCAUUGUUUCAUUCGACCGUAAUGAAAAUAUCGGAUUUACGUAAAGGUAUGCAAGUGAAAGGUCGUGUAGAGAAUGUCACUACUUUUGGUGCAUUCUGUGACAUUGGUGUUGAAGAAAAUGCCUACAUUCCAAGACAUGAAUAUCCUCGAAAUUGUUCAACAUCUAACCUAAAGAUUACCAGUGGAACGUCUACCACUGGGAUUGGCGUCAGUGAUGGCGGUGAUAUUCAUCACAAAAUGUUCACUUUACGUUUAGGUGAUCGAAUCAAAGCUACUGUAUCGAGUGUUGAUAUUAAGUAUAAACGAGUUGCAUUGCAUAAAGUUUUUGUAAUGACAUAAAUAUGAUUGUUGUUUUAAUCACUGAGAGAGGAGAUUCAAAUAGACGUUGAUGUACAGCAUUUCUAC